AUGGAACACUCUGCCAUGCCUCGGGUUCGAAUCCUCCUCAUCGCCUCCCUUUCCCUUCAACUCCAAGGAUUCGUCUGGUGCAAGGGGAAGUCCGGAAUCUACUACGACAAUGGGAUCGGUCAGACGGUGCCGGACGAAGACGGCGAAAUGGAGGAAAUCCAAGAAGACAUCUUGACCGUGCUCGGACUCCACCACAAGCCUCAUCCCGACGCGAGUGUCACCCACGGCGUCGAUGCCUCCGCGUCGCGGUUCCUCCUCGACUUGUACAGGAACUUUCAGGACGAAGAAGACGCCACUGGUGAUGCGAAAGUGAGAACCCGACGCGAGUUGAAUAUGAGCGAGACGGACAUGGAGAUCAUCGAGGGGAGCGAUUCCAUCAUGACCUUCGUCAAUCACGGUCAUCACUUGUCUCACGUUCGACACGAGAAGGAGAGGCGGCUUUGGUUCGACGUGAGCGGAAUCCCUCUCGACGAGGAGCUGAAAAGGGCGGAACUGCGGAUUUUCAAGGAGCCAGGGUGCAAGGGGAACCCGGACGAUACCCAACCCUAUGUCCUCAUCCUCUACAAACUCAUUCAAGGAAAGUAUGCCCAGGAGAUGAGACUCGAAUACGUGGAUUCCAAAAACACAACGUUGAAAGAAGAGGGUUGGUUGACUUUCAACGUGACCGAAACCGUGAAGACUUGGUCGGUUUUCCCGUCUGAGAAUCUCGGAUUCUACCUCCUCAUCUCUGGCCCAUCCAGAGAAGCGGACAUCCGCCCAUCACACAUCGGGAUCGUGAACGGGGGAGACAUGAGAAGAGAAUCCUUCCUCUUGGCCUAUCUCUCUUCCAUCUCGGGGGUUCAGCUGCAUGCGAGGAGAACCAGAGCGGCGAAGAAGAACAAGAGGAAGACUCGGAACAAAGAUCGCAACGACUAUGACGCCUGGGACCCUUCAGCCGGCUUCUUUGAAAAAGCAAAGGGUCAGUUAUACUAG